AUGGUUAAAACAAUUCUACCAGAGGCUAUCAAUCUGGACUUACUAGUAGACCGCAUCCAUAGGCUACCUAAAUCCAACAAGGCACCAGCAGCAGCACCAAAGGACACCAUAGCAAGACUCCACUUUUUCCACAUAAAAGUAGUACUACUGGGUACUAUCCGCACAUCAGGUCUUCCUGAUGAAUACAAAAACAUUAAGAUCUUUCAGGACUUCUCAGCAUACACAAUGAGACGUCGCAGGGAAUUCCAGCAUCUUACAACCGAACUGAGACAAAGAGGGAUACGCUAUAAAUGGGGAUUCCCUGCAAAAGUUCUCUUUAGUAUGGACGGUCGGAAUUUCACUAUUGCCACUCCGGAAGAAGGGUCGGAUUUCAUCAAAACUAUCAACAGAAGGCAGACUCAAUCCUGCGCUCUUUCACCAUCAACCCUACAGCAUGCUCAUAAGAAGAGCAAGACAAAUGACACUUGA